AUGAUCACCCGCUUUGAAAUCGUAUUCUUCCUGGUAAGUAUGUGUCUUUUUUUAAUGUCAAAUAAGGUUAUGCGUUUCUCUAAUUACUACCGUCCAUCAUUGCGUAACCGUCAAUUUUUCGACCUCUAGUCAGUUCGAUUUGAUUCUCAGCUGUGAAAUGUGGAAAAUGAAAUCCAGCCAGCGUUUCGUUUUGCAGCUGUUCGGAUAUACGGUUGCCAUACAGGACGACAAUGAACUCAUAGGUCAACCGGAAAUCCAAUGCAAUGCGGACACCAUCGACAUGCAAUUCCGGACUCGAAAACAGUUCAACGGUUUUUGAAAUGGGAAGUUGUCAUCCAUGAACAGCGGAGAUUCUUUCAGGAAAAGUUUAUGUGAAAGGGAGUUAUAAUCGACCGGAAUGUCGAGUGGACUACAGUACGAAAGAUCAAUUCGGCAGGCCUGUCGGAGGCAUCAAACUGAAUCAUGGUGCAUGUAAUAUGGACAGACAACGGAUGGUAAGAAAGAAAGGGAAAAAAUUGACAAACUUGAGGAAAAUUUUACAGAUUGCGCCGGAAGGAAUGAUGUUCUCUACAGUCCUGAUUAUCAGUUUUCAUCCACUUUUCCUCACCAGAAUGGACAAAGCUUACCAUAUCAGAUGCAUGUACAAGGAAGCAGCCAGAACAGUCACAGCAGCCAUCGAUGUCAGGUGAGAGUAUGAAUGUGAAAGACUAAAAUCUAGGAUAGACAGUACAAACUAGUUAGCACAACUUGAUUACUUUAUAAAUACCAUAAACCUUUGCGCAGCCUAACGCAAACCGUCAUAAUUUUGUUGUUUUGCCAUACAUUGUGAUGAAAUCUGGUUGGUUUCUAGUUCUUUUUACUGUUUACAGGUGAAAUUACAGUUUUGCAUCAAACGUGCUUACUUAUUGUUUUCAGUAACCUUCCAACCGAGGCAGUUCAAGCUGACCUGCCCAUGCCAACAUGUAGCUACACAAUCCGGAGAGAUCAGCUCGAUGGUCCCAUUUUGAAGUACGCGAAGGUCGGCGAUCAAGUCGUACACAGAUGGCAAUGCGAUUCAGGUAAAUUGAAUUCGAUUUCAUCAUCAAAAGGGUUUUUCUUCAGAAGAUUACGGGUUGCUGGUUCACAGUUGUUAUGUCGAAGACGGUCAAGGAGAGAAACAAAUGAUAAUUGAUGAGAGAGGGUGAGAGAGAGAGAGAGAAAGAGAGAAGAAACAAAGAUCAAACAACUUUUAGCUGUCAUACCGAUCGACUUCUUCUUGGCGAUCCAACCUAUGUGGAAGCUCUAAACAUGGCAUAUCGAGAAUCGUUCGUUUUCAAGUUCGCUGACAGAAUCGCGGUUAGAUUCCAAUGUGAAAUCCGUCUUUGUCUCAAAGAUGACGGUGGAUGUGAUGGCAUAACGGUAUAGAGAAACAAAGGAAAAAUAAAAUAAACGAAGCGUUUUCAGCCACCAAUGUGCUCCUUUAAGGAUACGAACAAUAUCGAAAAACCAAUUGUAAGGCAUUUGAACUUGUACCCGUGCUAAAUACAUCAUUCUUGCAGGUAAAACGUAGCGCGAAAACUUUCAAACCAAAGGACGCCGACAUGUAUUCGCAAACUGUCUAUGUGAUGGACAAAGACAACGAAGACACCUCCUCUUCUGCCCAUCCGGCAGAGCUCAGGGAGUUGGAUCCUCAGUCGAUUUGCAUUGCGCCCAAGGUCCUGGUGGCUGGGGUCAUAUUCUUCACUUUAAUAGCUGUGCUUUUUGUUACUACAAUGCUUGUUAUAGUUUAUCAUCGUUUUUGCAAAACUGAGAUCAAGAAUGUAGUCCGUGAUUACUACUGA